GUUGCUUCUAUUGCAAGAACAGCUGGCUAAACGUAUUCGAACGCGCUAUCUUUCUGAGGUUGUGUUAGAAUAUUCACGCUCUUUUACCCUCGUCGUGGGAUGUCUCCCCCAGAUGCCAGAACGCGUCGGAAAAUCAGCUUGAAACCAGCCAAAGUACUGACUGGAUCAAUCAGCAACAAACUGAUAUCAAACAUACUACCCUCGAACGUCAUCUUCGUACUGGCGCUCUAUGCGGCAAAAGAGCUACUUCUUUCUUAUGACGUGGGGGUAUUUUGGGUGCUUAUGAGGGUGUUGGCUUGUGGCGGUUUGGGUAUGCUGACAUGGGAAGGUUUAACGGGGAAGCUCAUGAGAAAUGGCAAUAUAGAGUGGACAGCAUUUGGCGUAUCGUCAAUGCUGCUCUUUGUGCAACAAGCAGCGUUAUUUACAGCAUUGUAUCGUCUUCCCUCUCCAAGGGUAAUGUUGUUCAGCCAUUUCUCCGCAAUGUGGGUGGACUCCUUCAUAGCCCCCGCUUCGAUGUGGAAGCCUAUCCUAACUGUCGUGUCGUUUCUGCUCUCAUUUGCUUCAGAUGCACUUUUGUCUAAACGCAGCGUCUCCAUCAUCGCUCCUGGUUACGGAGCCUUAGUUAUGCAUGGGUUGUCCACGUAUGCUCUUGAACAUCUUCGUGGUGUCUUGGCUCCCACUGUGAGCCCCACCUUGACAACGGCCGCAAGUGCACUGGGCGCAACGCUUAUUGGACUACCGCUCUACGCUUUCAGAAAAGCCCUCCUUGACCUUCCGCCAUCACCCGUGCUUCCUCUAACCUCCUUGGCAGUCCUUCCGAUUCUGGCAUACGCUAUGAUCUUUCUGACGCCGGACACAAUUGGCAUGCAAUUCAAUGUCAUCCAGACAUCUCAAUUGUUCUUAGUCUCCUACCCGAUCGCUUUCCUCGUUGCGACUGCCAUGGGUUUUCUUGGGUUUUCUCAGCACCCUCAUUGGAUCGAUUUACUUGUCGGAGUGAUGCUUUAUUAUUCGAUAUAUCCUGACAAUGUUCCUACACUAUCUGGGCCGUCGCGUACACCAGCAUCGAAAGUUAUACGGUUCUAUCUGAACUCGAUACUUUCAGACCCUGAGUCGAGGAAGAUAUUCUAUUUCCUCAUGUUGAAUAUGUGCUUCAUGCUAGUCCAGAUGUUAUACGGUGUCUGGACAAACAGUUUGGGUCUUAUUUCUGAUGCUAUUCACAUGGCAUUUGAUUGCUUGGCCAUUGGUGUCGGCUUAGUUGCUUCGAUCAUGGCCAAAUGGCCUCCAAAUGAAAGAUUCACAUACGGAUACGGCCGAAUUGAAACUUUGUCAGGAUUUGCCAAUGGAAUAUUUCUUAUCCUGAUAUCUGUUUUUAUUGUUUUUGAAGCUGUACAGCGGAUAUUGGAUCCUCCGGAAAUGACGACGAACCAGCUGCUGCUGAUCAGUUCGCUCGGAUUAGGUAUUAACCUGUUUGGCAUGUACGCUAUGGGCGGCCAUCACCAUCACCAUCAUGGUCACUCUCAUGAUCACGGACAUGCACACCAGCAUAAUUCACACAACGGGCAUGCUCACCACGAUCACCACGAUCACCACGAUCACUCACAUGCUCAUGGCGACCAUGCCCACAAACAUGUCAGCCACUCAGUCAGCGCCCAUUUGCAUGAACACGAGCCAUCUAAGUCCAGCGAACAUCAGCUGUCUUCGCUACCCCAUGAAGACUCGCAUGCACACAACCACUCUUCGCAUUCAAAUUCCCAUUUGCACUCUUCAAAUCACUCAUCCUCUUGCUCGGAUCAUGACUCCCAUUCCCAUUCCAACUCGCAUUCUCACUCUGACCACGCACAUACCCAUCCUUCCCCCUUGCCUACGGAUCAUAAGCAUUCUGAGGAGGGCUCUUCAAUCCGUGGCCGCAAACCACAUUCUCGGGGUCCUUCCCUUCAUAUACCCACUGAUGGCGCUCAAGUCGCAUCUGCCGUUCCAUUUCCCUUAUUUUCCCCCACUGGCGUGGACUCGCCAAUUUCACCCAGCUAUCCUAGCACUCUGAAGCAUGACCAUCACCAUCACUUCCACCAUGGGAUGGAGUCUUCGGGACACAGCACAGGCGAUCAUGAUCAUGAUCACUGUGACGAACACAAACAUGGGCACCACCACGAAGGACACAGUCACAAUAUGCGUGGCGUUUUCUUGCACGUUAUGGCGGACACGCUCGGUUCUGUUGGAGUCAUUAUCUCGACCCUUCUCAUCCAGUUUUAUGGAUGGACGAUAUUCGAUCCCAUAGCGUCGCUAUUCAUUGCAGUCAUGAUCGCUGCAAGUGUCAUUCCGCUGGUAAUUGACACAGGUAAGGUCCUGAGCCUUGACAUGGGGUCUCGCGAGAAAGAGGUCCAACAAGCACUCUCUGAGCUUGCCUUCGUGGACGGUGUCGCGUCUUACUCAUCUCCACAAUUCUGGCCCAAAGACUCGGAAAGCGUCAUUGGCUCGAUUCACAUCCAGCUCGCACUUUCACCACACGCACGUCCUGACACUGAUGGCGUGCGCGAACGCGUACAUGCCCUUCUGCGGAGCAGAAUCUCAGGGCUUGAAGAGCUGACCAUACAGUUGGAAGAGGAAGGAGACUCAUUGGGAAGUAGAUAACACGGACUGAGCCCUUGCCAUCGCAUAUAUUUGUAUACAAUUUAAUCGUACGCCAUGCAUCCAUUCCAUCA